AUGAAUCUUUAUACUUCUACAACCAUAAAAACACUAUUGUGCCUUCUUUUACAGACGUAUGUUAUUUAUAAUGAUAGUAAAAAGACUUGUAUGCUAAUAAUGGGAUUUCUUGUGUUGUACAAUGCGAUAUUUCUUGUAUACAUUAAAUAUAAAUCAGAUGUAUUUAGAACUAGAUUUUUAAGGAAGCAUUAUAGACCAUCUUGUACUUUUUUAAUACCAUUUUAUUUAAUAGAAGUUAUAAUAACAGGUUUAUUUUACUGGUUUACUUAUAAUCAUAUAAUAAUUGUUAAUUAUAUUAUACUUCUAGUAGCUUAUUUAUUUAAAAUACCUAAGCGUAGGAAGACAAUUCCUUUAGAGCCAAGUGGAGAAUUUUUUAAAAUUGCUUUUCUACUACAAGACUAUUUAGAAAAUAAUGAAGUAGUGUUAAGAAGAGGAGAUGUAGUACAAAUACUAGAAAAAAAAGGAGAAAAUAUUAUUGUAAGGAGUUCUAGGGGGAAUAAAUAUACUAUAUCAGGACUAUUAAUAAAUGAUGAUAUAGAUUUGGUAAUAUAA